CUCAACUAUAGCAUCAUGUCCAACCUCUCCCGUGCUCACACUCACCCGACCACCCGCCCCCUCACCUCGCUCUCCGAACUGCCCCCUCCCCAUCCACAACGCAAAUCACGCACUGCCGCACCCACCCCCACCCGCUCACCACCCACUCGCUCACCUCAACUCCGUGCCAUCCCUCGAUCCGCACUCGCCAGUCCCCUGGAGGAGCGCGAGGAGGACCCGUUCGGUGUUGCCGGAUUCUAUGGCCCGGCAGCCGCGGAGAGUUUCGGCUGGGUCAGGGAGGAGGGACGAACACAACCUGGAGAAGGUGACGAUGGGGAGGAGAAGAGACUUGACGGAGAGGAGGAGCUGGGAAUGGAUGAGUGUGUGAGGAGGGUGUUAAGUAUGGAAGAUCGUAUGGGCGUGCUCGGGAUCUCUCUUCCCCAGUUAUCUCGCACACCGUCCUCUGGCUCUCCUUCACCUCCGCGACAGCCUCCGACUACGUACGCGUAUACCACCACCACCACCUCCAACGCAUACACGUAUGCCUACCACUCCUCGGAUGCACCUUAUCCUGAAACAGAUGACGGCCUGCACGAGUCGUUUGCCGCCCGAACGAAAGCGAUGAGCUACCCUGAUUUGGUCAUGCUCGCCAGCAAGCGGGCACCGUCUUCCACGGUACCUGCAGGGCUUUCCGCCAGGGGCAGAAAAGGGAUGGCUUCAUUGUCUCCUCGCCCAGCACCUGUAUCCCAGACUCGCACCCGAGCGGAAGUUAUCUACACGACCGAGCGGCGCGAGUCCUCCUUGGAGAGGCGAACCGCGGUGACGUCGACCAUGGGUGUAGAGCCCGAGCUGGGAGGGCUAUUCUUUGACGGCCUUGGAGAGAAACAGGGGCAAGGUGUUGGCGUGGAAGGGGCGAGGGAGGGUUGGAGGGUCUGGGCUUUGGAUAGGGCGGCGAAGGUCGUCGGGCUCGAGUAACCUUGUGCUUGCGUUUUCUAUGACCUCGAUCGGCAUCAUUUUCUUCCUCAUCUUCGCCAACUGCACUUCUUUGUCAUUUCCAGAACUACAAACGCAUUUGAAAAAUGUACUCGACAUGUAUUUCUAUCAUGCUGCUCAAC